AUGUCUAUCAGUAAGAUCACCACCUGCCUCUGGUUCGACAACCAGGCCGAGGAGGCAGCCAACCACUAUGUUUCUACCUUCGGGGGUGACUCCAAAAUCACCACUACUCAGCGCUACUCCUCUGCAGGGGAGGACACACACGGCCGUCAGCCUGGCUCCGUCAUGGUGGUCGAGUUCGAGCUCCGGGGCAAUCGAUUCGUGGGCCUUAAUGGCGGGCCGGCCAAGUGGAGCUUCAACGAGGCAAUCUCCUUCCAGGUCGAGUGCGAGGAUCAGGCCGAGGUCGACCACUUCUGGGAGAAGCUUGGGGAGGGUGGUGAUGAGUCAAGGCGGCAGUGCGGGUGGAUUGCUGACAAGUAUGGCGUCGCGUGGCAAGUGGUGCCGAAGGCGUUGAAGAGGAUGCUCAGCUCAGAUGAUAAGGCGGCGGCGGGCAGGGCUACUGUGGAGAUGAUGAAGAUGAAGAAGCUGGACAUUGGCCUUCUUGAGAAGGCGUUCAAGGGUUAA